CAGUCGAAAAUCACAAAAUAAAUAAAUAAAAUAGUGACAAAUAUAUUAAAAAUAGACAAACUAGCUAAUUGAACCAAAUAAUGCACGUCUCAUAUUGAAAUCGUAUGAAAAUUGGAAAAUGGGCCGCUGACAUUCUCUAAACGUUCCUGCAGGUCUCAUAUUGAAAUCGUAUAGACAUGCCUCCACGACUUAGUUGGAAGGAGUCCAAAACAAGGAAAAGAAAUUGUAGAGCUGGAUGUCGAGAAAAGCUUUACUACAUAAACCCAUGACCCCAAUUCUUACAACUCAAAUAAAACAAGAAAAACUAACAAACAUAAUUAGGCAUUCGUGGAGAAAAGGCAAAUCACAAUGAGAUCUUCCUCUAGGAUGAGGCCUUCAGCCCAUCCCAUUUACGCUCUAGGCGUUAUCAUCAUGGCAACAAUGGUUGCAGCGUAUGAACCACUCACGUAUAGCUUGCCUCCUCUCACAUCGUAUUCACCAUCUCCGAAAGUAGAAUACAGUACUCCUCCUCUGCCGAAUGUCUACAAUUCUCCAUCACCACCACCAUACUACUCUCCAUCGCCAAAGGUAGACUAUAAGUCUCCUCCACCACCAUAUGUCUACACUUCUCCUCCACCACCACCAUAUUAUUCACCGGCACCAAAGGUUGAGUACAAAUCUCCUCCAACACCAUAUGUCUACAGUUCACCACCACCACCAUACUACUCACCAUCUCCAAAGGUUGAGUACAAAUCUCCUCCACCACCAUAUGUUUACAGCUCUCCACCACCACCUCCUUACUACUCCCCAUCCCCAAAGGUUGACUAUAAAUCCCCUCCACCACCAUAUGUUUACAGUUCUCCACCACCACCACCAUACUACUCACCAUCUCCAAAGGUUGAGUACAACUCUCCUCCACCACCGUAUGUCUACAGCUCUCCACCACCACCACCAUACUACUCACCAUCACCAAAGGUUGAGUACAAAUCUCCUCCACCACCGUAUGUUUAUAGCUCCCCACCACCACCUCCAUACUACUCUCCAUCACCAAAGGUAGAUUACAAGUCCCCUCCACCACCAUAUGUCUACAACUCUCCACCACCACCAUACUACUCACCAUCUCCAAAGGUUGAGUACAAAUCUCCUCCACCACCAUAUGUCUACAGCUCUCCACCACCACCACCAUACUACUCACCAUCUCCUAAGGUUGAGUACAAAUCUCCACCACCACUGUAUGUCUACAGCUCUCCACCACCACCACUAUACUACUCACCAUCACCGAAAGUUGAGUACAAGUCACCUCCACCACCGUAUGUCUACAGCUCUCCACCACCACCACCAUACUACUCACCAUCUCCUAAAGUUGAGUACAAGUCUCCUCCACCACCGUAUGUUUACAGUUCUCCACCACCACCUCCAUAUUACUCCCCAUCACCAAAGGUUGACUAUAAGUCUCCUCCACCACCAUAUGUGUAUAGUUCCCCACCACCUCCGUACUACUCUCCAUCGCCGAAGGUACACUAUAAGUCUCCUCCACCACCAUAUGUCUACAGUUCUCCACCACCACCAUACUACUCCCCAUCUCCUAAAGUACACUACAAAUCCCCUCCACCUCCAUAUGUUUACAGUACUCCACCACCACCAUACUACUCUCCGUCUCCUAAAGUAUACUACAAGUCCCCUCCACCUCCGUAUGUGUACAGUUCCCCACCACCACCUCCAUACUAUUCCCCAUCCCCGAAAGUUGAGUACAAGUCUCCACCACCACCAUAUGUCUACAGUUCUCCACCACCACCACUGUACUACUCUCCAUCUCCUAAGAUAGACUACAAGUCUCCUCCACCCCCAUAUGUUUACAGUUCUCCACCACCACCAUAUUACUCACCUUCUCCUGAGGUCGUAUACAAAUCUCCUCCACCACCAUAUGUCUACAGUUCUCCUCCACCACCAUACUAUUCACCUUCUCCUAAAGUACACUACAAAUCUCCUCCACCUCCGUAUAUUUACAGUUCCCCACCACCACCAUACUACUCACCAUCGCCUAAAGUUCAUUACAAGUCGCCACCACACCCACAUGCAUGUGUUUGUCCACCUCCUCCUCCAUGUUAUGCUCAUUCCCCAAAAACAGUAUACAAAUCUCCUCCACCACCAUAUGUCUACAGUUCACCACCACCAUACUACUCCCCAUCCCCUAAAGUAUACUACAAGUCUCCUCCAGCACCAUAUGUCUACAACUCUCCACCACCACCACCAUACUAUUCUCCAUCUCCUAAAGUAGACUACAAGUCUCCUCCCACCCCAUAUGUUUACAGUUCUCCACCACCACCAGACUACUCACCUUCUCCUAAAGUGUACUACAAGUCUCCUCCACCACCAUAUGUCUACAGUUCUCCACCACCACCAUACUACUCACCUUCCCCUAAGGUAGUGUACAAGUCGCCUCCACCACCAUAUGUUUACAGCUCUCCACCACCGCCACCCUACUAUUCACCAUCUCCUAAGGUUGAGUACAAGUCUCCUCCACCACCGUAUGUCUACAGCUCUCCACCACCACCAUACUACUCACCAUCCCCUAAAAUAGACUACAAGUCUCCACCACCACCAUAUGUAUACAACUCUCCCCCACCACCAUACUCCUCACCUUCUCCUAAAGUAGACUACAAGUCUCCACCACCACCAUAUGUCUACAGUUCCCCACCACCACCACCUUAUUAUUCUCCUUCUCCCAAAGUUGAGUACAAAUCUCCGUCACCACCUUCAUAUUACUGAAAAUCAGUAAAUGAGAGUCUUAAAUAAGAUUCUGAGUUUUAUUUGAUUUUUAUAUUUCUAUUUUUUUUCUUGAUAAAACAUGUAUGCAAUGUGUUUCAUUUUCUUUUGAAUGUGGAUUAAUAAUUUGAAUACAAUACCUUUUAUAGUGUUUUUUUUUCAUAUUAAUUUGUGCAAAGUUAAUUUGCUUGCGGUUUGUUUAUAGUCCUUUGCACACUGCAAUUAUGUAUUUGAAUUCUUGACAUGGUCGCUUUGGAUAACUAUGUCAUCCACUUAACACGAGUUUUGUAUAUGGAUUGCAUACCUAAAUUUCAUGUAUUAUUUAAGUUUGUGUUGUAGUCAAUUUCAAAAACAUGAUAAUGCGACAAAGUACAGCGCUUAAAAAUUAACAAUAAAUCUUCAAUUGGACUCCAUAAGACACACUGAAACUGAUGUUGUGGUAUAUACUAUAAAACUACAUGUGUUUCGCUUUUGAUUUUGCAAGUAGUGUUGUAGGCUUCUUGGCGUCAAGCUCCCGAUAGAACUUGGUUCCUUUAUCGUUCUUUUUAAACUAUUUUAUUUGUUAUAUAUCUUAUUUUUUAUUUUUCAAAAAAUAUUUCUUGAAGUCUUCAUUUUGAUUAUGUGUUAUUUUUGGUCAUAGAUUUUAUCAAUCUCUUGUUAAUUUAUGUUGGUUUAAUUUUAGUGAUCAAAAAUAAAAGAAAUACAUCAUAUUUACUCAUUUUUAGUUGAUUUUGGUUUCAUAAAAAUUUAAAACCAAUAUCGUAAAUGGAUUUUCUAAUUUUUGUUCCUCUGAAUAUUGCAUAUUUAUUUUUGAAAUUCAUGUUUUUAUAUAUAAUGUAUUUAGAGUUAUUUUAUAUUUUUACUGAUUUUUAUAGUGUUAUAAAUAUAAUUCAUUCUUUUUUUAUUGGUCUAUGUUUUAUGAAAAAAUGAACACUACAAGAAAACACAGUUUUAGCAAAGAAAUUUAACGAUGAAAACUAAUCCUCGUGAAAUUACGUUGACUUAACGAUGAAAUUGCGAGGAAAUAAAGUUUCCUCGUAACGGCCUUGUAAAAUACCGAGUAAUGCGUUUCCUCGUAAAAUCGUCGUAAGUUGACGUGGUUUUUCCGAGAAAAAUGUGUUUCGUCGCAAAU